CGUGGCCUAAGGCUGGAGGCCGGCGGCGGCGGCAGCAGGGAGCUGGGAAGCGGAGAAGCCGGGAGCGCGGGGCUCAGUCGGGGGGCGGCGGCGGCGGCGGCUCCGGGGAUGGCGGCGGCUCCGCUGCUGCUGCUGCUGCUGCUCGUGCCCGUGCCGCUGCUGCCGCUGCUGGCCCAAGGGCCCGGAGGGGCGCUGGGAAACCGGCAUGCGGUGUACUGGAACAGCUCCAAUCAGCACCUGCGGCGAGAGGGCUACACCGUGCAGGUGAACGUGAACGACUAUCUGGAUAUUUACUGCCCGCACUACAACAGCUCGGGGGUGGGCCCCGGGGCGGGGCCGGGGCCCGGAGGCGGGGCGGAGCAGUACGUGCUGUACAUGGUGAGCCGCAGCGGCUACCGCACCUGCAACGCCAGCCAGGGCUUCAAGCGCUGGGAGUGCAACCGGCCGCACGCCCCGCACAGCCCCAUCAAGUUCUCGGAGAAGUUCCAGCGCUACAGCGCCUUCUCGCUGGGCUACGAGUUCCACGCCGGCCACGAGUACUACUACAUCUCCACGCCCACCCACAACCUGCACUGGAAGUGUCUGAGGAUGAAGGUGUUCGUCUGCUGCGCCUCCACAUCGCACUCCGGGGAGAAGCCGGUCCCCACUCUCCCCCAGUUCACCAUGGGCCCCAAUGUGAAGAUCAACGUGCUGGAAGACUUUGAGGGAGAGAACCCUCAGGUGCCCAAGCUUGAGAAGAGCAUCAGCGGGACCAGCCCCAAACGGGAACAGCUGCCCCUGGCCGUGGGCAUCGCCUUUUUCCUCAUGACGUUCUUGGCCUCCUAGCUCUGCCCCUCCCCUGGUGGGGAAAGAUGGGGCGGGGCUUGGAAGGAGCAGGGAGCCUUUGGCCUCUCCAAGGAAAGCCCAGUAGUGGGGCCUGGACCCCCCAUCCCAUGGCUGGAAGUGGGGCCUGCACCAUACAUCUGUGCCCGCCCCCUCUACCCCUUCCCCCCAGGUAGGGCACUGUAGUGGACCAGGUGCAGGGACAGCCAUGGGUCCCAGGUGGCCUUGUGGCUCUGGUAAUGUUUGGUACCAAACUUGGGGGCCGAAACAGGCAGUCCUCAGGACUCCCUGGCCCCUGGUACCUUUCCCUCACUCCUGGUGUCCUCUCCCUUUGUCCCCCAGAGAGACAUAUGCCCCCACAGAGAGCAAAGCGAAGCGUGGGAGGCACCCCCAUCGCUCUCCUCCAGGGGCAGAACAUGGGGAGGGGACUAGAUGGGCAAGGGGCAGCACUGCCUGCUGCCUGCUUCCCCUGUUUACAGCAAUAAGCACGUCCUCCUCCCCCACUCCCACUUCCAGGAUUGUGGUUUGGAUUGAAACCAAGUUUACAAGUAGACACCCCUGGGGGGGGGGCGGGCAGUGGACAAGGAUGGCGAGGGGUGGGCAUUGGGGUGCCAGGCAGGCAUGUACAGACUCUAUAUCUCUAUAUAUAAUGUACAGACAGACAGAGUCCCUUCCCUCCUUAACCCCCGACCUUUCUUGACUUCCCCUUCCAGCUUCAGACCCCUUUCCCACCAGGCUAGGCCCCCCACACCCGGGGGACCCCCUGGCCCCUCUUUUGUCUUCUGUGAAGACAGGACCUAUGCAACGCACAGACACUUUUGGAGACCGUGAAACAACAACGCCCCCUCCCUUCCAGCCCUGAGCCGGGAACCAUCUCCCAGGACCUUGCCCUGCUCACCCUAUGUGGUCCUACCCAUCCUCCUGGGCCUUUUUCAAGUGCUUUGGCUGUGACUUUCAUACUCUGCUCUUAGUCUAAAAAAAUAAACUGGAGAUAAAAAUAA